AUGACUAUUAACCAAUAUUUUCUCAAGGUAAAGACUCUUUGCAAUGAAAUUUCACAACUUGAUUCCGAGUCAAGAAUGAGACGCAUUAUUACUCAAGGUUUAAGACCCGAGUAUAGUGGGCUUAUGGCUGCUGUUGGAGGAUGGUCCACUCAACCAUCACUGGUCGCGCUCGAUAGUCUAUUGGCAAAUCAAGAAACUCUAACAAAGCAAAUGGCUAGAGUUACACUGAAGAAUGAAAGUGAAGAAGAUGCGUUAUUCAGUAGAAAGAGAAGAAAUGAACUGAAGUGGCAAAAAUAUGGAAAAUCGAAGAAAGAAGAAGAUGAACAAUCACAAGAUGAUCGAGGUUAUCAACGAGGGGGAGUUCGACAUGAUGAAAAUGAUCGAAGAGCUACUGGAUUUGGACGGCGCAACAUAAAGUGCUUCAAAUGUGGCAAGAUUGGUCACUAUGCAAAAAAUUGUCGGUCAAGAAGAAGACCAGUUGAAAGUAAUAUGGUAACAUCUAAUAGUUACCAAGAUGAGAGUGAAGAAGAAUGGGAUUUUCAAGCUUCAUGUCCAAUGUUUGAGACCGUUGAACCAGGUUACUUAGAAGAAGAGCCAAAAUUCGAAGAUGAAUGGGAUUUUGAAACAUCUUUUACAAUGUUCGUGGUUACUAAAGCAGAUUCAAAAAAAGAGAUAAACUUCAAUGAAGGCGUACAUGAGUAG